AUGGAUCGCGACGACAGCGGUAUUCCCGCUCCCCCACCCCAUCGCUACUCCCAGUCGCUGCGAAACAAUUCCUCCGUCACCCCAGGCGUCGACAACCUCGGCCCAGCGUCUGUUGGCGGCGGCAUCAGCGGGAUUGCCCUCGGAGUCGCGAAUAGUCACGAUCGCUUGAGCGGCGUCGACGCUGUCCGCGGCAUGGAUCGCAACGACGACUUCGCCGGCCCUGCGGAGCGCGGAUACCACACCACCGGCUCGGACAAUCCCUACGUGCCCCGCGCGGCCGGCUUGAGUAGCUCGGAAUCGCUGCACCCCGAGCAAUCGUAUGGCUCCAACAUGGCACUCGGUGCGGCCGCGGCCUCGCCGGGCCUGCAGACUCCCGGCCAAUCCUCAACACAUCUCAGUGAUGUAGGCCCCAAUCAGCACAGCAUGAUGGACCAGUACCCUGGUCCAUAUGGUGGUGGUACUGUCCGUGAUGGACCUUACCAGCGGCAGUCACAGUUCAGCACAGGACGUGUGCCCGCCGAUAUCAAUCCAGACGAUAUUGCUGACGACGGUGACGACGAGUUCAUUCCCCAUUCGCGGAAUCGGGCAUCUCAGGCGGCGGUUGGCGGUGCCGGUGGAGCCGCAGCUGGUGGUAUUUUGGGUGGGAUCUUCGGUCGGAAGAACAACGCCAAUCCGCAGUAUGGUCCUGUACCUGGCGGUGCCGGCGGGUUGGAAGCCGGGGCUGGAGGCUCUGCGGCGCAGGAGAAGUCUGCGAUGAGCGGCGAUAUGGCUGCAAGGAAGAAGCGUGGAUGGAUCGCCGGCAUUAUUCUCGGUCUGGUCGUUCUGGCCGCCAUCAUCGGUGGUGCUCUUGGUGGAACGCUGGGAACGAAGCACAAGAGCAGUUCAUCAUCAUCAUCAUCAAAUGACAAUUCUGCGACCGGCGACACGGCCAAGAAUGGAGACCUGGACAAGAACUCCGAUGAGAUCAAAGCGCUCAUGAACAACCCUAACCUGCACAAGGUCUUCCCCGGCAUGGACUACACGCCGUGGGGUGUACAGUACCCGCUGUGCUUAAAGUACCCCCCCUCGCAGAACAACGUCACCCGCGACUUGGCCGUGCUCUCCCAGCUUACCAACACCGUCCGCCUGUACGGGACGGACUGCAAUCAAACCGAGAUGACCCUGCACGCAAUCGACAAGCUCGAGCUGGCGGACAUGAAAGUCUGGCUCGGCGUGUGGAUCGAUACCAACGAGACAACAACCAACCGCCAGCUUGACCAGCUAUACAAAAUCCUGGAUGAUACCAAGGACCCGUCCAUUUUCAAGGGUGUGAUUGUCGGCAACGAGGUUCUAUACCGCGCUGGUACCGCCGUUCAGUCCGCCGAGAAGAACCUGACCACCUACAUCACAAACGUCGCCGCCGAGCUAAAAAAGCGUAACUUCAAUGACAUGGAGGUGGCCACUUCGGACCUCGGCGACAACUGGAACUCCGAGCUAGUCGACGCUGUCGACGUGGUCAUGUCCAACGUGCACCCCUUCUUCGCCGGCGUCAACGUCAGCGUCGCCGCGUCCUGGACAUGGGACUUCUGGCAGCAACACGACGUCAUCCUGACCAAGGGGACUACCAAGAAGCAGGUCAUCUCCGAGGUGGGAUGGCCUAGCGCAGGCGGCAAGGACUGUGGCGAGAGCCCGACUUGCGACUCUGAUACACCGGGCUCUGUGGCGAGCAUCGACAACAUGAACCAGUUCAUGUCUGAUUGGGUCUGCCAGGCUCUGGAGAACGGCACCGACUACUUCUGGUUCGAGGCCUUCGACGAGCCGUGGAAAAUUCAGUUUAACACCCCCGGCAAAGACUGGGAAGACAAGUGGGGGCUCAUGGAUUCCGCGCGCAAGAUCAAGCCAGGCUUGAAGAUCCCAUCCUGCGAUGGCAAGACUGCGUCGUAA